GUGCAACAAGGAAGUACGGCAGUAGUUCAUCCAUCACUCUUAUUUCUUUGAUGCACAUCGUCGAAAUCCUUUUUGAAUAGUUACGAUACAUUGUUCUACCACGACAAAUUCAUACGAAUAUUGCUGUCUAAAUCACAACGUGGUCGUUGCCUGAGCGCAUGAUGAUGAUAUCUCGCCGAUUUUUGCUUUUGGCACUUGUWUGUUUGACGACAAGCACGCACGGAUUCAUUCCCACCAGGAAGAAGAGUACGGAGCGCCGUGCAGCCUUUUCGAAGCAAARCAACGACAAUGUUGAUCAAGAUGAGGCCGUAGAAAAUGUUCCACAAACAWCUCAGUAUGAGCCCGGAGCCUCACCCACCGCCAUGAUGGCGAUUCCACCUAACGCUAUGGCGUACGCUGCAUCUCUUUACGAAUACGAAGAAGAGGAAGAACAGGAUGUUUCCAAUGAAAUAGCUCUUAUUUCCUGCAUCAUCUCCCUCGCSAUYGGUUUCGGAACSGGAUACCUUGUAUAAAAGGCCUCCCUCUACAAGAAUCCACMAACUAAUGUCAACGUGAUUUUAUACGCUAAAUACGAUCCGUGACCCACCCAAUUCUAUCACUGCGUGUUGAUGCAUCUGGAGGAACGUUCAUCAACACCAAAUCUAAGGACAAUACGCAAACUUUCUCAGGAUAACGUAGAGCAUUCACUUGCUCUGCUUCUCUUCGAUUUCAUCCGAACACAAAUAUUUAGACCUAACCGAGUCGAAACGGCUCGACGCGACCGAUGAUCGAAGAGCUGGGACCUAAGCAGCAGAGAUUCGAAAUUGCUAAAUCAGAUCUACUGCAACAAAUAAUGCACUAAACUAAACACGAGCGC